UUUGAGUUACUGUUAAAUAAUAAGUGAUUUAUCAUUGACGAAAGAAAUACAUAUAAAAUGUAGAGAGAGAGAAAGAAUUAUUAUUUUGUCUUAUCAGGAAACGAACAUUGCAACGAUGGAAAAAUAUACAAAAUACGCCAAGUCUGUACAUAUAUGAUGGAGGAAGCUAAUGAUUCCUCAACUUCUGUUGGGACUGGCACAAGUGAGGAUCCUCAAAGCUCAACAUAUAGAAGUUGUUGGGUAUGUUUUGGAACAGAUGACGAUGAACAUAUGAAAUGGGUGAAGCCUUGUCGUUGCAAAGGUACGACAAUGUGGGUCCAUCAUGCUUGUUUGAUGAGAUGGAUAGAUGAAAAGCAGAAAGGCCAUUCUUUUACUAAAGUAAAAUGUCCACAAUGCAACACUGAAUAUGUUGUUGUUUUUCCACCUUUUGGAAAAUUGACGAGUUUUAUUCAAACGAUUGAUCACAUUGUGUUUAAAGCUUCACCCAUUGCGGCAACCGGAGUUCUUCUUGGAUCAAUAUAUUGGAGUGCGGUCACUUAUGGAGCAAUCACAGUAAUGCAAGUUUUGGGCCACAAAGAAGGGUUAGAUAUGAUGGAGCGAGCAGAUCCUUUAUUUUUACUUGUCGGCCUUCCUAUGAUACCAGUCGGUCUUGUCCUUGGAAAAAUGAUACAAUGGGACGAUUAUCUUUUGAGGUUAUGGAAGAAACACUCUAGCAAGUUGGUUUACUUGAAAAAGCUGAUUUUUGGGACACGCCCUUCACAAGAAGGAACUUCAACCAUACUUCCUCCAUCUCCAGUAGAAAUGCGACAGACAAGAGAAAUCAAGUUUACGAGAGUUCUUUGUGGAGCUUUGAUCUUUCCAACCGUUGCAACUAUUUUCGGAAAGCUUUUGUUUCACAGCGUUGAGUCGAAUUUUCAAAGGAGUGCAUUGGGUGGCGCAUCGUUUGUUAUUCUCAAAGGAUUUUUGAAUAUCUAUUUGAAAUAUCAAGUACAAUCAAGAAUGGGACAAAGGGAAAUCAAGGAUUAUGUAGAACCUGUUCCACAACUGGAGACUGCUACUUGAUUAUUCUGAAGAAUUACCACUGUACAUGCAAAUUUACUUCAUUCAGCUAUAUAUAUCUUUGUUCCUUUGAGAUUUAACUAUGUAAUAUGAAAUUUAAUAUCAAUUCUACAAGAGUUUUAGACAUUAUACUUUUUGAAACUUUGAUCCGGAUAAAUCAGCUAUAUUUGUGUUCAUAUUUUUUGCAUGAGCAAUAGCAAGCCGAAAUAUUUCUAGUAUUUUUAAAUCGCAAUACUAAUUUAUAUGUUUAUUACUAGAAUGACAAUUCAUGUCUUAUACCUGUUAGAUUAGUGGUUUUCAACUAUUUACUGAUCGCAUACCACCCAACUGGUUUUUACUCUGGCUCCGUACCACUGACAAAACCAUAUUUUAAGGGUGGGGAACAAUGGCACAAGAAACGCACUGACAAUAGGAGUAUUUCAUAAUGUGGCGAUUCCUGAUCUCUGGAAAAACGACGGGUGGUGCUAUAAAUGCAGUUCAGCAAAAAUAUACAGUAUUGAAGAUAAAGGGAAAGCGUUGCCGACUUAUUUCUGUCAACUCAUAAGUUAGUUGUUGUUAAUAAUUCAGCAAUCCAAAGCUGCUUGUGUACCACUAGUGCUAUGCGUACCACAUGUUGAGAAUCACUGUGUUAGAUGAUCCAUGGAAUCUAAGAUUUGACUUGUCUGCAUUUUGACUUCAUACAAAAAUAUGAUGUCCCUGGUUCUGAUUUAAAUUACCAAACUCAGUGCAGAAUCACAACUACUCAAUAAAUAAUAUUCAUGGGGUAGUAUCGGUUUCAUAAGCAGUAUCUGCAUUUUAAUUAGAAAACUGCUACAUGUGAAUAGAUUGUUUUUAUAUGGUGUGCCCUAUAGCCUAUAUUUUGGAUCAUGUUAUAAGUUCAUUAUUUGUACAUGACAGUCUUUGUCCAAGACCUAUCUAAUAUUUGAAUACAUUCAACACUGAGAAAUAUUAGAUAUAGUGAAAUAUUUUUUGAAAGAAUUUUAAAAUAUUUCCAUUUGAAAAUUCGUCAAUUUAAGCACUUGGCAUCAGAGGGUAGGGUGAAUAAUAGCUUUAAUUCUGAUACUGUAGAAAAUCACUUAAGUCAAUGUAUAUCUAAACUACGGUAUUCAUCUGCAUUACCAAACUUCCCUGCAGAGCAUGAUCCUAUGCAGGAUGUAUUUUGCCAUUCAUUGCAUAGUUAAAAUUUCAAAUCAAUAUAAAAAUUCCAAUGUCAAUAAUAUAUUUUUUGUUCCAUUCACCUUGCCAAAAUAUAUCCUGACAUGUAAUUUUAUAAUUUAUAAGUCACUGCAAUCAUGAAUUGCUGUCUUAUUCAACCCAUAUUAAUAUACAGAGCGCUCAGACACAAUGCAUGAUUAUGCUGCAUUUAUUUGUAUUAAUUAUGAAUUUAUUUAUGUGUUUACGUUAUUUAUGUUUCUUGUGUAUGGCAAUGUUGUUAUUGGUUCUAUGUUUGACCUUUUUGAAAUUUUAAAUCUCGCUUUAUCAGCAAUAUGGGUACUCCCGAAGUAUGUGUACCAGGUUAGGGUUGGGCCGUAAUUUUAUUCCAAUUUCCCCUAUUUUAGUUCUAUUGCAAGUUUGAGG